UAAUACGAUCGACUUGUGGGCUUGAUUUAUGUUGCAAAAUUGAAGUAUCAUCGUGUGGAACGAAUUACCUCGAUUGGGGAUACUUGUGACACAUCAGGUAGAACUAUCGUAACAUAGGCUCACUCGGUAGAUCUAACGAUACCCUAGGCUGCUCAGGAUAGUAGAGAGGUAUGCCGAUGAUCCAAAACUUCCCCGAGUCUGGAAACUCGAUAAAUCCACCAUUGAAUAGUUCAUCGUUGAAGUAAUUGUCUUAGUCAUGACAUGUCGUAUUAUGCCCUUCGCCAAUGAACAGUUUAUAUUGUGUUGCCGGUCUUGGAUGCCCGUCAAUGAGAAUAAGUGUGAUCAUGUGGAUACUGGCUCGGGACUUUGAUAUCUCCAUAGUGACAAGAGUUGUAGUAAUAUUGAAAUCGUCCAGGCAAGUGCCCAGUUGGUGUUUGAUGUUUUCAAAGCCUUCCGCUUUAGGUAUCGCCCACAAAGAACAGGGAAAGAGGUAGUUAGAGCUUUCAAGUAUAAACAUAUAACUACCUACCUCUCACAUGACCCCUAGGGACUCGGGCUAAGACUCUUUCAAAGAACUUAUAUGUAUUCAGGAAGACCAUUGUCAUCAUGGCGGGCGAAAGCCUACCUUUAGACAAUAACAUCACUGACAUCAUCGUCCCAUGUAUCGUUUUCUUCGUCUUAACCCCCCUUUUCCUAGGCAUUAGGAUUGCGUCUCGAAUGAAAACUGGCUCGGGCCUAGGAUGGGAUGACUGGACAAUCAUGGUAUCCUGGGUUUUCGCCCAGGUCGUCUCAGGCCUUUUGAUAGCUGCUUGCAUGCAUGGAUUUGGGCAGCAUAUAUAUAACAUCGAGGCUUCGGAACAACUGCUGACGCUGAAGCUUUACUAUAUUGCACAAGCGUUCUACAAGCUCACCUUGAAUCUUACCAAAGCGUCAAUCAUCUUAUUGUAUCUGCGAAUCUUUCUCCAGCGGUGGUUUAAGAUCUCGUGCUAUGUUUUGUUAAGUAUCAUCCUGAGCUACAUGCUCGCGACAACGGCAUCAUCGAUCUGGCAGUGUACACCGAUAAGUCGAGCUUGGGAUAAAUCGAUUCCGGGAACAUGCAUCAGCAUCACAGGAAACUGGUACUCGAACGCGAGCUUUUCGAUCGCAACGGACAUUUUGAUCUUGGUGCUUCCCAUGCAGCCAAUUUAUCGAUCCAAUCUACCGCCAAAGCAGAAGUGGGCGCUGAUGACCGUCUUUGCCUUGGGAAUCUUCGUCACCAUAACCAGUAUCUUGCGUAUGCAGACCAUUGACUUUUCAGCGACAAGCUCCGAUCCGACUUACGAUGUUGCAUCUUCAACUUGGACCGUUAUCGAAGAAAACGUGGCGAUAAUAUGUGCUUGUCUGCCCAUGUGCAAAGGCCCUCUCAACCGGCUAUUCCCGUCUAUCUUUGCCUCAGGUUCAAAGCGGGCCUCUGGGGUGUCUGGAGGAUAUAACCCAAGCCAGCCCUCGGACAAUUCGAGUCGUCAAUGGGCUCCGAUGCGAGGUGAUAAUACGAUGUUGAGCACUCGUGUGACGUCCGUUCAAAGCCCCAGAGCAAUUGGUCGUUAUAGUAAUAGCCAGGAAUAUAUGUUGGAUGAUACAAAUUCAAUAACCCGUAUGAGCGAUGUUGAAGAUGUCAGGGGUAUCCGAAAAGUUAUACAUUAUGAGAUUACGGUACAAACGUCAGGCGGUAGUAAAGAGAUGCACGUUUAAGGAGUCUGGUAUAUUUUUCGUCAGGUUGUGAAGUGUACCUAGAUACCUAAGGUUAGGUAGUUGAUCAAAUUGAUUGACUGAAGAACUGAAGAACUGAAGAACUGAAGACUUGAAGACUUGAAGAAAAGAAAU